AGCUGCCUCUCUCUCUCUCUGCCAUACUGAAGCAGGUGUCCAACAUGGCGAACACUGGCAGCAGCUCUCUCUCAGCGACUAUUCUCUUUUUAUUCCUGUUUCAAGCGGCUCUUCUUAAAGGAGCUGCCCAGGAACCAGUGGUGAGUCAGAACCUGGUGACAGACAAUGUGUCGGUGGUGGAGGGCGAGAUGGCGAUCAUCAGCUGUCGGGUGAAGAACAAUGACGACUCCGUUAUCCAGCUGCUCAACCCCAACAGACAGACGAUCUACUUCAGAGACAUGAGACCACUGAAAGACGCUCGCUUUCAGCUGGUGAACUUCUCAGACAACGAGCUGCGGGUGUCGCUGUCUAAUGUCUCGCUGUCAGACGAGGGUCGAUAUGUUUGCCAGCUCUACACGGACCCCCCACAGGAAGCCUACGCUGACAUCACUGUGCUAAUUCCUCCAGGUAACCCCAUCAUCGAGGCCCGCGAUGAGGUCCUGAGUGAGGGCAACGAGACGGAGAUGACCUGCACCGCCAUGAGCAGUAAGCCUGCCGCCACCAUCCGAUGGAUGAAGGGAGAUAAAGAGCUUCCAGGCAAGCCUAAAGUUGAGAUCACCUACGACAAGAUGUACACAGUAACCAGCCGGCUGACGUUCACCGUUAGUAAGGAGGAUGAUGGAGUACCGGUGUCUUGCAUCGUAGACCACCCUGCCGUCAAGGACUUCCAAGCACAGAGAUACCUGGAGGUGCAGUACAAACCGGAGGUAAAGAUCGUGGUAGAGUUUCCUCAGGGUCUGACCAGGGAAGGAGAGAACCUGGAACUGACGUGUCAGGCCAAAGGCAAACCCCAACCGCAGCGGGUGAACUGGGUGAAGGUGGACGACGACGUGCCAUCCCAUGCCGUCAUCACCGGCGGGGAUCUGUACAUCGAAAACCUAAACAAGUCCUACAACGGGACCUACCGCUGUGUGGCCUCCAACACGGUGGGGGAGUCUUUCGACGACUACAUCCUCUACGUCUAUGAUGCUCCCACCACUACCCCUAUACCCACCACAGCCACAACCACUACCACCACCAUCACCACCACCAUCUCCUACCCUGAAGGCAAUCAAGACACUGCGCCCAGCACUGAACCUGCAGCUCAUGAUUCACGAGCUGGAGAAGGAACACCCAGAACGGUGGACCACGCCGUGAUUGGAGGAGUGGUGGCCGUGGUCGUCUUUGCCAUGCUCUGUCUACUCAUCGUCUUGGGGCGCUACUUCGCAAGACACAAAGGUACCUACUUCACACACGAAGCCAAAGGAGCGGACGAUGCGGCGGACGCGGAUACAGCCAUCAUCAACGCAGAGGGUGGCCACACCAACUCGGACGAAAAGAAAGAGUACUACAUCUAAUCAAAGCAGGACCCCUCACUCUAAGUGUCCUCUUUGGGACGCCGAGCUGUUUUUGGGGGGCCGGGUUCAGGGGGGAGAGGGCGGUUUGACGGAGGGAUUCACUUUUAGUGAGAGUAGAGAGGUGGCGUUUUAAAGAAAGGCCUGGUUUUAAGCCGUUGUUUAGUCUAGUCUGCAGAUGUAGAUGGAAUGUUUUGUGUGUAAAAAAAAUUAAAAAUCAAAAAAGGACAAAAAAUGGGGAGGGUUCGGGGUUUUUCGGUAAACUGGGACGGGGGUUGGGGGUGGGAAGGGUGCGCCAAGACGUUGCCAGAAAUCACUGUAGAGAGCUUCACCAUUCGACACCUCCCUAACUGCUGGUACGAAUUUUAUUUAGUUCAACCAUUUGCAGAAAAUUCUGUGCCUUGUUCUAUCCAUACUUUGGAUUUGUGUUGAUCCUCAUUUGCAUAACCUUGUUGCUCCCCCCUUUUCAUCUUUCCCACUUCGUAAUCAUCAAUGUGCUGUUGGCUUUUGUAUGAGGGUAAAAUUACACAGCCACUUUAUUCAUUUCCCUAAAUGUGUCUGCACACACGCGUCCUCUACUGCAUAACAAAAACUCUUUCCAGUAUACUGUGAUUUGUCUCAAGCCAUUAUACUUCCCUCUCUCUAUUUUUUGUUUUGGUUUUGACAGCUCCAAAAAUGCAUGGAAUGCUUUACAUAUCAUUGUACAAAGGACAUAAAUGAGAAACAGGUUUAAUGUACUGUAUAUGCUCUCCCUGCCCCUGAACACAACCACAUUGAAAACAUAAUCAAAAAGAAGGCAGCAAAGAAAUGAUUUUAUUGGGCCAAUUUUUUAAAUUCAUGUUUUGCAACCUGAGUUUGUUCUUCAGAGCAGAUUUACUACGGCCUCUUAAACAAUUACCUUUCUUAGUAAAGAGAAGUAGUGCAUUAUUUUUCCUCGCUGCGCUGCCAUUUCAUUAUUUUGAUUUCCUCCUCUCUUCAGCACUGUUUUUCUUCUAUUAGUCUGAAUGGAAACUCUGUUUUCCCACCAGCUUUUAUUGAGUUCUAAUGAUGCGAUUCAAUUGAUUUCCAUCUGCUCUCACUCUAGAAUAUUUUCCUUACAAAUGGUAAGAAAAUGUAAAUUGUUUUAAAUUUGUUUUUUGGCAGACUCUCAGUCAAGAUGCCUCAGUAAUAAAAGGCUGUUGAAAAUAAAAAAUAUUAAUAUUGGGCCAACCAGCAGCUGAAAGAGGCGUUGUUGUACAUAACAUCACCGAAAAGAGAAACAGCCUCAAUCAAACACAUUCAAAUUAAUGUUCGGAAAGCUGCACAAAACGUCCUCCCUACAGCGGGUUCAUGUUAUCUCAUAGACACACACAAUCCAAUGUAAAUCAAGCCAAUGGAAUCACAGCUGUAUUGUACACUAAUCCUUACUAAGAAAUAUUUUUUACAACUUACUAGAGUACCUUUGUGGAUUUUAUUGUGUCACACUCAUUGUGAGUUUUGUCAAAAGGAAAGUAAAUGUCUUCAAACUGAAAUGCUCUGAGAGACAGGCCAGUCUUUCCAUCACACCUUCUAUAUGUUUUGCGUUGGUGCAGCAGCUUGUAAACAUUUUUGCAUGUAUGUAUACGUGCUAAAACUCAUUCUUUUUUGCUUCUCUAUCUUGCUUUACGUACUGUAUCACCUGCCAAAACUGAAUGAGGAUCUGUUUAGCUGUGCCAGCUGGGGAGCACUGAGGAAUGCCAAAAGUAAUUAACUGUUUGUAACUGAACUUAUUACAGAUGUUGUGCUCCGGGGGGGCGGGGGGGGUAAUCCAUGGGUUACAUUAAUGCCCCGGCUUCUUAACAUGGCAAUGAGCGGUGUAUUCAUGGCAUUGUUUGUCAUAAUUAUGUGUUCACGCAGCAAGCAGCUCGCUUAAUGAGUCCGUACUCUAUAUGACAGCUGUGGGUGGAAAGUUUUGAACAGGCUUUGUGGGUCAUGAAAUCACAUCACUUUGAACAUUUUAUCAACGUAAAUGAUCGACUUUUAAUCAACCCAACAGUAGCUGCAACCAUUCCUUUAUUAUUUUAUAACCCCCUGAGACCCGCGGGAUCGCCCGACUUUACUGUCUUUCAGAAGCUCUAGUAGGUUCAGUUUUAGUGCUAGAGUGAAGACACAGAUAUCAUGAGAAACUAGACCUAAACCUAAGAAAUCCAUUGGUACCAACCAUGUCAUACUUAGUUUUAACAUUCUGAAUGAAUUACUGUAUGCCGAUAUUAUUGGAGAUGUUGCUAAUCACGUACUAUUUUCGCAACUAUUGUGUUGUAGGUCCGUUGCUUUGGACGACUGGCAGCGUUUCUGUAUUUGACUGUUUUCUGUAUUUCCAACUUGCGCCUUUAUGUCAAAUUCAUGAAUUUGCUUCUUAAUUUGCUUCUGUUGUUUAGUUGAUGUGCUUUUUCUCAUAUGAGUUGCCAGAGCGGUAAUGAUGUUUUCUUCAUUUGCUUGUGUUUUCUUAAAUUGCACUACGUUGAGCUCUCUUCGCCACUGUACUUCACCUCAAAUUACACUUGAUUUUUAAUUUUAUAUACAAGCUACAUAUCAAUGAUAAUGGUAAAACAUACUCAAUUUUUAUUAAUAUGUCACUAGACGCUAUUGGGACCUAACGGUGUUGCUCGCUGUGUGGACACUCAUAUCUAAGAUUCAAUACUUUAUUGCCAUGUUAACACGUUUGAUUGGAAUUUCUCAACGUGCAGCUCAGAUUGCAACACAUUAACAGUGUGAUAGCUUUAAUAUAUCAUAGUCAUGCAUGAAGACAGCAUUUCCAUAUGGGGAUUGUGGUUUUGGGGUCUUUCGAAGCAGCCUGGUCUACAAAAAAAUAUGUUCUCAUACAACAAAACUGCCUUGUCAAUUACGUUUCGAGUGAAACUUCUCCCGGAUUACGUUUGUUUUGGCGUAUAAAUACAUUUCUAAUCAGAGUCCACGGAACUUAUGUCCCGUGUGAAACCAAAACUUAUUUUAAUUUAUGUCCGUAACUUAAAUAACGGGGUAAUGGGUUUCCUCAGGAGGGAGGCUGUCGUCUCCCUUAGAGAUAGGGUGAGAAGCUCAGUCAUCCGUGAGGGACUCGGAGUAGAGCCGCUGCUCCUUUGCGUUGAAAAGAGCCAGCUGAGGUGGU